AUGGUGUUACGGCCAUCCAGUUCAAGCUGGAGUAUCGCUCCAGAGACGAUAAUGAGCCACCAUUACCGGUUAACACGAGGAGUUAAAGGAAGAGUCGACACCAGCCCGCCAUUUUCUAUGUACAAUAGUCCAAUAAGCGUACAUUAUGUUCCUAAAAGAGCGUCUUCUGCUGACGCAGCGAAACGACGACAACCUAAGCUGCCACGCCCACACAAGGAACUUUCGGAAUUCGUGGGUGUUCCUUACGGUCGAACAGUUCCACCUCUACAGUUGCCAUUGAGCGGAACUGAUGUGAAGUCAAAGAUACUGCAGUCCAAAGAUUAUCAGCCACCUCUGCACAGAAACCGACAAAAUUCGAGACCACCAUUGCCUCCCAUUGAGCGGGAUCCAGUAAAGACUCGAAAUAAGCGGGUGGAUAAGCAGAAAGAAAAGAACAAUUUCUGUUUCGAUCUCUUCAAGGAUGCUGUUUAUACUUACGUCAUCGAUCGCGAAGUUUUUACUGAUGGAGUAAUUGCUGAAGCGGUCGAUAUUGAGAUGGAAAAAUGGAGCGAUCGAAUUUCCUGGAACGACCUUGAACAGCUCCGCGCGGAAAUCUUUGAUGAACUAGGUGUACGAUCAUCGCAUUUCACUUCAAAACAAACAAGCCUUGCUAAAAAAGAACUAAAAAAGAAACAGAGGUCAUCCACGAGCACUGGAAGCAGAUCAAGCACUCCGACGUCUUCUGGUUCAUCGCUGUCGGAGUUGAAAUCUAAUAGAGAGAGGAUCUCUGAAUUAGAAUCUGAGUCGAAUUCCACAUCUGAAGAAUCAUCGGGGACGUCUUCUAGACCUCAAAGCAAAAGCAAUAGUAGCAGUAGUGGCAGCGAUACAAGUAAAACAUGA